AUGGGAGACGCCAAUCCGUCGUCGAAUAGCACCUGGCGGAAUCAAACUGGCGGAGGUGGUCGAUGGAACGGUACCAGGCCGGGGGGCAAUUGGUCUCACUACGACGACGAUGACAAUAGCAGCUAUAGAAACAGACCGGGCUGGUGGAACAGCGACCGAGAUGAUAACUCGGCAUAUGCCGAUUCAAUAGUGACCUACGUGAUCGCGACCUGCUACCUCUCCUUCCUCUGCUUCGUCGCCCUCAUCAUGUGCUUCAAGAACAUGACCCGGCUCCGGGUCAUCGCCGCGCUUGUUACAUUUGCGGGCCUCACCAUUGCUGUCGUCGGCUAUCUCCGCGCCAACAACACCGUCCUGCCCAACAUCUACUGGGCUUGGAAUUUCCUGGCAGAGUCAGUUGCCGUCAUUGCUCUAGCGAUCGCGAUUGUAUCGGUGGGAUCGGGUUUCUACCCCAUGACAGGCGGUCGGAGCAUCUAUGCUCGCAUGUCGUUCGUCGUCAUCUUUCUCUACGCCUUAGUCUCCCUCGGCGUCACCAUCUUCUACUUCCAACAGCGGGUCCUCAAGCAUUUCAUCCCACCCGACCAGGUCAAGCAACUGCGAAUUGAUAUUGUCAGCACGGAUAUCCUUACCCAAGCGAGGCUCGAUAGGAUUAUCAAUAGCGAUGUAAUAGCAGGCCGCAUCCCCAACAACACCGAUAUCUACGGUGCCGCCAGCUACGACCAGCUUUCGAUGCCGGAGCAGACGUACUACAUGAGGCCCUCUCCGGGAUUCUAUCUGGGACACCAGGUAUUCAUGCUCCUGACCUGUGUCUGGGUCUGCGUGUAUCUCUUCAUCCCUCUGGUCAAAAACCAUCGCCACGGCCCCACUGGUCGUUCUGUCGAUAGUGACAUGAUGGCUAUUGGUGUCUGGUACCUCACCUGCCUCAUGUCCUUGGCCACCGCAUACGCUAUUCUGAACUUGGUGUAUGUCUUUGAGAACGAGCUGAUCUACAAGCCUCGGAUCCAAGCGCUGGAUCUCUGUCUGCGGAUCACCAUCGGGCCCAUCUAUUUCCUCCCUGCGCCUAAGAUGCUAAUACGCUUCUACCGGAACCAUUUCAAAAAGUUCCGGACCAGCAGCGCCAACAAGACUAGCAGUAGCGACCGCUGGACAAGCCGUUGGCGUAAGGGCGGCAAUCGUGGGAAUGGUGGUGACGGUAGCGGUUCCGGCAGCUCCAACACUGACAGCCGAACGCGCCAUGAUUCUUCAAACCAAGUUGGAAGUGGCAGUGGUAGCGGUGGUGGUAGCCAGAACCAGCAUGCAUUGUCGAGGUUGGAUCGCGGCUCUGGUGGUGGGAUUGAUGACGUGAUUGCGGCCUGCGACUCAUUUGAUGCCGGGAAGGGGACCCACUAUCGUUACAACGGCAAUGGCAAGGGUAGCGAUACCAAGAUAACCAUGCCUACGACGACGAGUCCACCUCCUCCAACCCACAAGGGCCUCAAGCUGGCCCGGUCGCGCGAUCGUGGCCUCUCGGUCGAGAGCAGCCGGGUCUUGGUCAGAGACCUGGAAUGCAAUUCGUCCCUCUUCUAUCCAUCCGACCAGGAAACCGUCGGCAACCGCCCUGACUCGUUCUACAACGCCGAUUACUACGGCAACGGAGGGAUGAUCAUGCUCGAUCACCGCAAGGACCUGACCCUCGAUUCCCUCAGCCCCGGCCCUGGUCCUAGCCCCAUGGGCGGCUUCAGCAGCGCGGGCGGUCAUCGUCACCACGCCAGCAAUAGCAGCAACAGCAGUGGUGCCAGUGGCAAUGGUCCCGAGAGUCGAGAGAGGAAGUCAACCUAUGGAUUUGACCACCCCAAGCCUCCCAAGCUGGCAUUGUCUCCACAACAGCAGCAGUUCUUACAGUCUGCGCCCAGAUCCAAGCUCAACAGGGCCGAUUCUGCGGACAGCCCCGUCAGAAUGGAUUUCCCUUCUCGUAGCCCCAUUUUCUAA